UACUCAAAGAACAGCAAAUACCAGGCCAAUUUGAACACCCUUCUUUCAUCCCUUUCUACUAAUGUCAGUCCCUAUGGAUUCUACAAUUCCUCGGUCGGCGAAGAUCCUGACAGAACAUAUGCACUUGUGCUCUGCAGAGGAGAUGCUAGUUUCCAAGAUUGUGAAACCUGUGUUAAUGAUUCUGCUAAUAUGAUCCUACAAUUGUGUCCCAAUCAAAAGGAGGCAAUUGGAUGGUAUACUAUUUGCAUGAUAAGGUACUCAAACAAGAACUUUUUUGGUAACAUGAGUACUAGACCGAAUUUCAAUCUUCAGAGCUCAGUGGUUCCUCCAAACCUGAGUAUAUUCAAUCAGGACCUGAGUAAUUUGACAAACAGCCUUAGAGAUCAAACGGUUGGAGGUUUUUCACUCAAGUUUGCUGCAGGGACAAGAAAGAGUGAUAGCAAUAUCACCAUCUAUGCAUUGAUGCAAUGCACACCUGACAUAGAUGGUGGAGAUUGCAAUCUUUGCCUUGGAUGGGCUUUACAGGUUCUGUCACAAUGCUGUUAUGGUACAGAGGGGGCCAGGGUCGUUGGGCCAAGCUGUAGUUUUUGGUAUGAGGUAUUCCCCUUCUACAAUGAACGGGUGAUUCUUUCACCUAGUACCAUCUCCACCCAAACCAGCACAAAAGGAAAGCAUGGCAACAGCACAACCCUUAUUAUCAUUGGUGUUGUAGGUGGAAUAGCUCUGGGACUACUCAGUUUUUGCAUUUUCUCCUUCAGAAGAAAAUGGCGAAACAGAAGGAAAGGAGAGAAAUUUCAGGGUUUGGAAGAAGGUGACGGGGUAAAAGCAAUGCAGUAUGAUUUUGGCAUAAUUAGUGCAGCAACAAAUAACUUUUCAAGUACUAACUUGCUGGGGAAAGGAGGAUUUGGUGCUGUUUACAAGGGUACUCUCUCGGAUGGAAAGGAGAUUGCUGUAAAAAGGCUGUCCAAGGGAUCAGGACAAGGUGACCAAGAAUUCAGGAAUGAGGUCUUGUUAGUGGCAAAGCUCCAACACAAAAGUUUAGUUAGAUUGUUGGGUUUCAGCCUGAAAUAUGAAGAAAGACUGCUGGUCUAUGAAUUCAUGUCAAAUGGGAGCCUUGACAAAUUCCUCUUUGAUUCAGCAAAGAGGUCAUUGUUGGAUUGGGAACAACGCCACAAAAUCAUAGAGAGUGUUGCUAAGGGACUUCUUUAUCUCCAUGAAGAUUCACGACUAAAGAUUAUUCAUCGUGACCUAAAAGCCAGUAAUAUUCUCUUGGAUGAAGACAUGAAUGCCAAAAUUUCAGAUUUUGGAAUGGCCAAGUUGUUCCAGCUCCAUGAGAGUGUAGCCGAAACCAAUAGAGUUGUGGGGACCUAUGGGUAUAUGGCACCGGAGUAUGCACUGCAAGGCAUAUGUUCAGACAAGGCAGAUGUCUUCAGCUAUGGAGUGCUGGUUUUGGAAAUCAUAAGUGGUCAAAAGAACCGUUAUGUCCAACAAGGCCAGAAUGUGGAGGACCUUCUCAGCAUUGUUUGGAAAAACUGGAUUAAAGGAACAGCUUCAAAUAUAAUAGAUUCAACUCUCAAGGCUGGCUCAGCUCCGAUAGAAGCUAUAGUGAGGUGCAUACACAUUGGCUUGUUGUGUGUUCAAGAUGGUGUAGCUAGUAGACCAACCAUGGCUUCAGUUGUAUUCAUGCUCCAUAGCUUAUCUACUAGUCUGCCAAUGCCUUCUGAGCCUGCAUAUUUUUCACGUAGCACCAGCAUUGCUUCAAACAAUCAGCCUCAGCAGGCUCUUGAAGAUUCGAAAGCAAAAAGAUCAGGUCAAAUUCAACCUGCAGGAGGAGCUGCUACUAACUAUUCCUUAAAUGAAGCAUCAAUAAGUGAGUUUGAUCCUCGAUGAUAUUAUAUUAGAGGAUGGAAUCUGCAAACGGCUGCAUUAGAGCUUAGGAUAUUGUUCUGGUGUAUUUGGUAGUACAUGUUUUUUUGUUUUUUCAUUAGGACAGAAGUAGUUUGAUAGAAGGCUCAAACAAAAAGAAAAAAAUCCAUGUACAAACCAUCUAACAAUGCAUUUAUUUCCACAUA